AUGUCCAAGAUUCUCACCGUGUUCGGAGCCACCGGCAACCAGGGCGGAUCCGUCAUCCAGGCCAUCCUGACGGACCCCGCCCUCUCCAGCGAGUACAAGCUGCGCGGCGUCACCCGCGACGUCGGCAAGCCGGCCGCCCAGGCCCUGACUGCCAAGGGCGUCGAAAUGGUGCAGGCCGACAUGUCCUCGGCCGAGGCCGCCGCCCCCGCCGUCCAGGGCGCCCACACCGUCUUCCUCGUCACCAACUUCUGGGAAACCAUGUCGGCCGAGGUGGAGAUGGCCCAGGGCAAGGCCGUGGCCGACGCCGCGCGCGCCGCCGGCGUCAAGCACCUCAUCUUCUCGUCGCUGAUGGACGUCUCGCGCGCCACGGGCGGCCGCCUCCGCCACGUCACGCACUUUGACGGCAAGGCCCGCGUCGAGGAGUACAUCCGCGGGUCCGGCGUGCCCUGCACCUUUGUCCAGCCGGGCCUCUUCAUGAGCGGCUUCUUCUCCUUCCUCCGCCGCCAGGACGACGGGUCGUUCCGCUGGGCCGCGCCCCAGGGCGUGCGGGCGCACGAGGCCCAGCUGCCGCUGUUUGACGCCGCGUCCGACACGGGCCUCUUUGUCAAGGCCGCCGUGCGGGGCGGCGGCGGCGGCACGGGAGAGCGCAUCCUGGCCGCGACCGACUACUACACCCCGGCGCGGAUCGCGGCCGAGUUUGAGCUCGUCACCGGCCGCAAGAUGCACUACGUCGAGGUGCCGCACGACGAGUACCGCUCGUCGCUGCCGGCGCCCGCGGCCCAGGAGCUGCUGGAGAACAUGCUGCUUCUGCAGGAGCCGGGGUACUACGCCGGGGCGGACCUGGCGCCGAGCCUGGCGCUGCUGGGGGGGGAGAAGCCGACGAGCUGGAGGGAGUUUGUGGAGCGGAACAGGGACAGGUGGGUUUGA